GGCCCCGCCACCGCUCCCUCCAGGCUGCAGGAACUGAGACGCUGGAAAACCACUCUGAGGAGAGCGUUCCGGCGGACGGCGGCCGCCGCCACGGCCGGGUACAGAACAGCGAAGACAGCGGCCUCCGCUCCAGCCGCCGCCCAUGUGCCAUCCGCGGCCCGCACGUCUACCUCGGCGCCGGGUCCAGGGAGAGGGUGGUGGAGGAGCAGGGAUCCUGUCGGCUCAACCCCAGAGAAAAAAAACUCGAAGAAGGGGACCGCUGCUCCAGGGUCUCCUCGGGAAAAGUAGGUGAGGACGGCGGCUUUUCCCGCAGGGACUCGAGAAGAAUCGGUGAAGACCUAGGCCCGCACCGCAGUGUCUCUCAGGAGAGAGUUAGGGGACACGAUGGACAUCGGCAGAGCAGCCCAUGGGUGGCUGUGAGAGGUGACAGCGGCCAACGCGGCAGCGACGCGGGCCCGAAUCCCCGCGACUCGAGGAGAGCUGUCAGCGAAGACGGCUGUGUGGGCGUCCCUGAAGCCCGAGGGCCCCGAACCAGCGACUCGGGGGACAGAGGCAGCAGUGACGACCUCAGCGGUUUUUGUGAAGGAGUAAGUGUCGACGGCAGUCACUGCCCCAGUAGUUUUUGGGGAGGAGUAAGUGAUGACCUGAGCUAUGAGGCCAGUGACGCCUCUAGGGUGAGCAUCCGUGAAGACGCCAGCCGCCGCCUCAGUGGCUUCUGGGAGAGAGAAAGCGAAGAAGAUUCCCGCUUUAGGAGCUCUUGGGAGAGAAGGGAGGAUCGUGGGCCCCCGGCCAACGACGAGGAAUUCAGUUGCUGCAGCAGCAGUGACCCAUGCGUGGGAGCAAGUGAAGACCGACGCAGCAGCAGGGGCCUGGGCUCCACUCCUCCCCAGAGUCCAAGUCCGAGGGCGAAGAACUGUACCAUGCCUCAUGUGGCCAAUUCAGGCCCCUCCAAGUCCUCUAGGGAGACUGCAGAUUCAUUAGGUUCCAGGAAGAAGGUGCAUUUUGGUAGCAUACAUGAUGCAGUACGGGCUGGAGAUGUCAAGCAGCUUUCAGAAAUAGUGGAACGUGGAGUCAGUCUUAAUGAAGUUGAUGUUCUCCAUCAGUUUACCCCUUUACAUUGGGCAGCACAUUCUGGAAGUUUGGAGUGUCUUCACUGGCUACUCUGGCAUGGCGCUGAUACCACACAGGGAACUACAAGAGGAUGGACAGCGGCUCACAUAGCUGCAAUCCGGGGUCAAGAUGCCUGUAUGCAGGCUCUUAUAAUCAAUGGAGCCAACCUGGCAGCUCAAGAUGAUCGUGGAUGCACUCCUAUACAUCUCGCUGCCACUCAUGGACACUCUUUUACUUUACAAAUAAUGCUGCGAAGUGGAGUGGAUCCCAGUGUGACUGACAGGAGAGAGUGGAGACCGGUGCAUUAUGCAUCUUUUCAUGGGCGCCUGGGCUGUUUGCAGCUUCUUGUCAAAUGGGGGUGUGGCAUAGAAGAUGUGGACAACAAUGGAAACCUUCCCGUUCACUUAGCAGCCAUGGAAGGCCACCUUCAUUGUUUUAAAUUCCUACUGAAUAGAAUGAAGAAUGGAGCACAAGCUUUAAAAGCCUUCAAUGAUAAUGGAGAAAAUGUAUUGGACCUGGCCCAGCGCUUCUUAAAACAGAACAUUUUACAGUUUAUACAGGAGGCUGAGUAUGAAGGAAGCAAUCCAGAUGAUCAGGACAAUUUAGCUUUUCCAGGUCAUGUGGCUGCAUUUAAAGGUGAUUUAGAAAUGCUUAAGAAAUUGAUUGGAGAUGGAGUAAUCAAUUUGAAUGAACGUGAUGAUGAUGGAUCGACUCCUAUGCAUAAAGCUGCUGGACAAGGCCACAUAGAGUGUUUGCAGUGGUUAAUUAAAAUGGGAGCCAACAGUGAUAUUACCAACAAAGCAGGAGAGAGACCCAGCGAUGUGGCUAAGAGAUUUGCCCAUUUGGCAGCAGUGAAACUGUUAGAGGGGCUACAGAAAUAUGAGAUAGAUGAUGAGAUUGGAAUUGAUGACAGUCAUAUAAAGUUUUUUAUACAGCAUGGUGUUGAGGGAAGCACCGAUGCCAAGGAUGACUUAUGUCUGAGUGAUGCAGACAAAGCAAAUGCCAGAAUGAGAGCCCACAAGAAAAUUGUGGAAUUGAAACAAUUUCUGGAAAUCGCUGAGAGCAAUUUCAAAUACUUGGGUGGGAUAAUAGAAGAGGAUCUACAGCAGAAGAAAGAACUGCUCGAAUCUGAGAAGAAGAUGACUCAUGUGAGUCUAGCAAAGAAAAGCGGAAAGUGAAAAAGAAAGCAUCUCCUGGGGGCGUGUUUGUGAGAAGGUACUAAUAAUUAGUGUAAUAAGGUCAAACAAACAGUUGAUUUCCCCUUCAUGAUAUAACUGCAAAUCAAUAAAAAUCCUAGAUAUGAAGCUGAAAACGACAUGGACUCAGGUAGAUACUUUUCAUAUACAUAUACAUGCAAGCCAACAUUUAUGAAUAAUAAUUUUGUAAGUAUUUACAUAAACUGAAAUAUAAGAUAAAUUAAUAGUCAAAGGAAAUCCAAUUCUAGGAAAUAAAAAUUACUAAAAUGACACUAUGGCUUUAUAAUAAAGUUUCUCUCUCUCUCUCU